CUUCGAUUAGCAAGCGGACCCAAUGAUCGUCACGAGAAUGGUCAAGUUCCAGUCGAAUUAUCUAAGCUUUCUAAGUUAGAAGUCUCGGGUUAUCAUGCCAUGAACAUCUUGAGAGAUUUUCAACAUUCAAAUAGUAUCACAGCAUUUUUGGUAGGUGAUACUCCGGAUUAUAUGUUUAAGUUUCGGGACCUAGAAACAAUCAUCCGAGAACAACCUUGGCCUAAAUUAAAGAAGAUUCAAAUCACAGAUCAAUGUAAUGCCUUCUCUUGUAAAGAUAUUCAAAAUUUAAUCGACUUAUGUGGGGAAUAUGGAAUUCAGUUGGAUUGUGAUGCUAUAGGGUAUGAUGAUUAUUCCUAUGAUUAUUGUGAUUGCGAGUAGGGAAGGGAUCCUUGGUAGAUUUCACCUAUGGAGGUUGCGGAGUUAUUUUGGUGUGCCAACUUGUGCUUCGGUGCCGCCGCGGUGCUUUAUUCACAGGUGGAAAAAGGUUUGCAACACCAGCUUGAUUUAGGAUAAGAGCAGCGUAGGUUUGGUUUACGUCAAUUUUAUAAUCUGGUAUCAGGACAUUAAUAGUCAUAAAUUUUUUUCCUCACAUAUGUUUAUCCUUCUUUAAUCUUGUUUGAUAUCUAGAAAAAAAUACUUUUGAUUCAACUCUAACUAUGAUUGCUUUAUUUAUGUGAAUUAAAAUGGAAUGAAGCUAUGUGACUAGCAUUGACUUCG